AUCGAUUAUGGUGUGCAUGUGAAUGGUCGUAUAAUUGACUGUGCGUUCACGGUGAAUUUUGACUCGAAAUUCGAUCCGCUAGUAGAGGCCGUUAAAGAGGCAACGAAUGCUGGCAUUCGAGAGGCCGGCAUUGAUGUUCGUCUCUGUGAUAUCGGUGAGACGGUUGAGGAGGUUAUGACCAGUCAUGAGGUUGAAUUGAAUGGAAAGACGUAUGUGGUGAAACCGAUUCGUAAUCUGAAUGGGCAUUCAUUAGGCCAUUAUCGCAUACAUGCGGGUAAAACAGUACCGAUUGUUAAGGUUGUGUUUGAUUUGUGUGCUCGUUUGUUUGGAUUUGUUUGUUAUUCAUAA